CGGAGCCCGAACCCCUUUCCUUUCCAGGAGGACCCCGUCCUGGAGCGCUACUUUAAAGGGCACAAAGCGGCCGUCACUUCGGUGGACUUCAGCCCACAGGGCAAACAGCUCGCUACUACCUCUUGGGAUACAUUUCUCAUGCUAUGGAAUUUCAAGCCACAAGCUAGAGCUUUCAGAUAUGUGGGUCACAAGGAUGUCGUAACCAGCGUGCAGUUUUCUCCCCUCGGAAACUUGUUGGCAUCUGCCUCACGAGACAGAACCGUUAGACUCUGGAUUCCUGAUAAGAGAGGGAAAUCGUCAGAAUUUAAAGCUCACACAGCUCCAGUGCGAAGUGUGGAUUUUUCAACUGAUGGCCGAUUACUGGCAACAGCUUCAGAAGACAAAUCCAUAAAAGUAUGGAGUAUAUAUCGCCAGCGCUUCUUAUAUUCCUUGUACCGACACACACACUGGGUACGAUGUGCCAAAUUUUCACCUGAUGGAAGGCUAAUUGUGUCAUGUAGUGAGGAUAAAACUGUUAAAAUUUGGGACAGUACAAAUAAGCAGUGUGUUAAGAACUUCUCAGACUCAGUGGGGUUUGCAAAUUUUGUGGAUUUUAACCCUAGUGGUACGUGCAUAGCUUCAGCAGGUUCUGAUCACACUGUGAAAAUCUGGGAUUUAAGGAUGAAUAAACUACUGCAGCAUUAUCAAGUUCACAGUGGUGGAGUCAACUGCCUGUCCUUCCAUCCUUCGGGUAACUUCCUCAUCACUGCUUCUUCAGAUGGCACACUCAAGAUUCUGGACCUCUUGGAAGGAAGACUCAUAUAUACACUUCAAGGGCAUACGGGUCCUGUCUAUACUGUUUCAUUUUCAAAAAAUGGAGAGCUGUUUUCAUCAGGGGGUGCAGACACACAGGUCUUAUUAUGGAGAACUAACUUUGAUGAUUUCAAGUCUAAAGAUACUAAAAGAAAUGUUAAAGGAUUACAAUUGGAUUCAACACCGCAUCUUCUUGAUAUCUACCCCAGAACACCACAUCCCCAUGAGAGAACUGAAACUGUUGAGAUUAAUCCAAAGCUUGAGGUCAUCGAUUUGCAGAUUUCAACUCCCCCUGUUGUGGACAUGCUUUCUUUUGAUUCUGCUACAACAACAGAGACCAAUGGCAGAACUCCCCCAGAAAAGGGUGAAGAAAUCUGUGGAUACUUCUUGAACCCUUCCCUAAUGUCACCAGAAUGUUCAGCAACAAUAAUGAAGAAGAAGGCAGAGGACACGAGUGACUUCCCCUCUGAAAGUCAGAGAAACAUCCCACUUGCGUUGGCCAAUGUCCUGGAGCAUGUCAUGGAACAGCUUCAUGUUUUGACACAGGUCACAGUUCUACCUGUUUGUCUCCAUGAGACUUAUCUUUUAAUUCUUCAGACAGUUUGGCACCAACUCAGCAAAUAUAUUGAGCCUGGAUGUUUCUAAAGUUAUAAAUUAAAGUCCCUCUGGCAAAACUUACAGCAGUUUCAGUCCUCCACGUAUUCUGUGAUAGACACUGGUGAUGUUUUCCAAAGAGAGGACAGAAUCCCGAGGUACAGGAUGGAGAGAUGGAAACUUAUUUGUGGGAAGGAGCCCUGGGGGCAGUUGGAAAAGAUACAACCUGCUGCACCAUGCUGUGAGGAUACAAGCCGGGACAAGUGCAACCUGCAAGCAUUACACCUGCUAGAACAAGACACCCUGUCCCCCACUGCAGCAAUAGGAACCAGGGGUCACACGAGGAGUAACAUUUCGCACACUUCUCUGUCAUGGCAAACAGUGGGGAAAGGGACCUCUCCUUAUAGACUCUCAGUACAGUGCAGUGCUUGUGGCCAAACAGGCUGCAGUGCUGCCUUUAUUCAGAACUCACUGGCCCCUUGGAUGAGCAGUGCCACUUCCUGGGUAGUAAGUAUUGGAAUUUGGGCAGCAGCUUCCUUCUAAAGUGUGCUUCUGACGUUUUGACAACACUUUUCUGUAGUUUUGAAACUUUUAUAAUUAAAUGUUAGGGGUAAAGGCAGUUUCUUUCCCCCAGAGAGGAAUUAUGCCAUUGGCAUUUAGAAUAACAGUUCCCCCUCUUUCCCGGCUACCACUGCAAGCAUCGCUCAGUACCUCCCUGAAUGAGGGAAGAUGAGUAUUUUGUCACCUUCUAUUAAUAGGAAAGGAUUCUGAGUCACAGAAAGGCUAAGUGGUUUUUCUAGCCUUAGAAAUAAGAGGGAUAAAACCCAGCAGGUUGAUUAGCAUAUUAUUUUAGGAAGAGGACCUUUGUGGUGUCACAGCAUCAUCUCCUUGGACAAUGGCAACUGUCUCCUAAUUGGUUUUCCUGUCCCCAGCUUCCCUCUCCCCUCCAGCCCCCUCACCUCUUUGUUAUCAGAACUUCAUUCUGAAAUCACUGCCACAUGCCUGUUUACAUUUACUUCAUGGCUGCUCAUGCUGCCUAAAGAAAAAAUUCCAGACUCCUUCGCAUGGAUGUCUGACACUCAUUUCCUCCUGGCUAUAAACCUUUCCCUUCUUGGCUCACCUGCUCUCCGGCGGCCUUCCAUGGCCAUCCCUCCAUGCCUUAAUCUUUGUCUUCACUUUUCCUUCCAUCCCCUUGUGCUGGGGGAGAAAGAAAUCCAUGUACCCGUGGGGGC